AUGGAUACGAAUGGAUACGAGUGUGUUUUGUGUGCUCGUAAUGCAAGUGGCUAUGUCCAUGGAAACUUUGAUAGUUUUCGUCAUCAUAUACGACAUAAUCAUGGAACUAGGUACCUUGAAGAAUGCAUACGUCGUGUUCCGCUUCAACAGUUGAAGAAAGAAAGCAUCGGUGAUCACUAUCUUAAAGUGGACUAUAUUCCCAUCGCUGAAAGAGAUGGAGAAAAACUCUCAAUGACGAAAAUUGAUUCUUCUAUAGGACACACGGAGAAUACACAUGCUCCAGAUCUUUUGAUCCAGCAACUGAAGUGGACGACAUUAGCCAAGGAAUUCAAUUACAAUCGCAAUAUAAUGAGUUCCGGUACAGGUGACUUGACUGACUGGGAUAUAGUUUGUGUUUUGUGUGCUCGUAAUGCAAGUGGCUAUGUCCAUGGAAACUUUGAUAGUUUUCGUCAUCAUAUACGACAUAAUCAUGGAACUAGGUACCUUGAAGAAUGCAUACGUCGUGUUCCGCUUCAACAGUUGAAGAAAGAAAGCAUCGGUGAUCACUAUCUUAAAGUGGACUAUAUUCCCAUCGCUGAAAGAGAUGGAGAAAAACUCUCAAUGACGAAAAUUGAUUCUUCUAUAGGACACACGGAGAAUACACAUGCUCCAGAUCUUUUGAUCCAGCAACUGAAGUGGACGACAUUAGCCAAGGAAUUCAAUUACAAUCGCAAUAUAAUGAGUUCCGGGAUUCCAGUAUCUGGAAAAUAUGGGUUUUCGUACCAAGCAGCUAUUCGUGGUGAUGAAAGCUACGGCACUGAGCUACAUGGAGAAAGCACUCCAGAACAAAUAAAAGAUAUUGUUAAUGAUUGUGCGGAGAAGACUUCUGAAUAUCUAUUGUUUCUGAUGAAAUAUUCGGGACCAAACAGUCAAGACCUUCAGCGCCAUUUUGAUAAUGUAUGUGUAAAGGUAGAUAUAGCCGUUGCCAUUAACGAGACGAAUACUAUUGAUGGAGUUGACGAAUCGGAUGAAGAUGAAGCGAUAAUGAAGAUAGGAUUUCAUAAAGAAAUGGCAUACCUAGAGUUGCAUAAUAUCUCAAGGAAGGUAAUUUCACGGCAGUACGAGUUUGAUGAGGACUUGCGAGACAUAGAAAUUAACAAAUUCAUGGCAACUAAGUCGACGAAUAAGGAUGGAAAGCCGAAGUGUGCUUCCUUGAUUUCACCGUAUGUUGUUGGAUUGACUAAAUCAUGUCGCCUAGUUGCAGUGUACGGAUUACAACUCUUGAUUGAAAGAAGGAAAACUAGCGAGUCUUCUAUCAUAGACUUUCAUAAAGCAGACAUAAUUUUUAUGAAAAUAUUUGUAAAGCAAAUAAACUUGUCCACCGAAUGAUGGCGGUAGAAUAACAAGUCAUUCAACCCGUCGGUUUGAGCCCAACUUUGAUAUCGUACAGUCCUGAGGGCUCUAUCUUUCCUUAUGGUAGAAAGCAGCAAGGCAUUAUGCAGUUUUCGCUGAAUGAUUUGAUUCAACUAUAUCAAAGUUUGUUUCAACAAUUACAAGUGCUCUUUCAGGAACUUUGCUUCGGUGUAAACGUAGAAGUGCUGCUGCUUUGUUAAAGAAGAACUUCACAACAUAACCUCCAGUAUACUUUCAUGAUUGUAUGAAAGAUUUUACCAAGGACAAAUGUUUGUGCGUUCGGUCGUCAUUGGGAGAACGGAUGGAUGGCGAGUACACUGGAUGUGUCUUCUCUUCUCGUUCUAAAAACGAAAGAUAGUUAGGUAUAGUGGAACUCUAUCGAACAAUUAAGCUGAUAAUCUGAGGAAAUCAGCGAGAUUCCGUACAGCAACGUCUAAACAUUAAAUGUUAACGACACUUAUGAAACUAUUAAACGUAAAAUGUUGAAUUAUUUCAAUUUCAAUUUUGCAAUUUCUUACUACUAAUUUUAAGUCCUAUUGUCAGGCAAUGAACCGCUUAAUAUUUGUUUCAAUAAAAG